GGCAGAGCGGUGGUUUUUACCCCGAUGUGAAACCUAUUUUUGUUUGUUUGAUCCUCACAUUUUAAAUAAUCUGUGAUCUUAUUUAAUGAUCAGGAUGGCGUCAGAAAUUUGGUUAGUUUGAGCGGAGUUUUUAUUUUCUUAGCUGUCGGGCAGAUAAUCAUCUUAGGACACAACACUCGACCGGGCUGUAGUGCUCUGAUGAGGCCAUCACUGGGACUUUCCGGAUACGUCAGACCGAGCUUCCGACUUGUUAACGCUAGCUGCCGCCGCCGCCGCCGCGUUCAUGUCGUUAGAGGCGGUUAACGUUACGUCGCAGCUCCGUAACAAACGCAGACAAGAGGCCAUGAAAACUCCCAGAAGCCGCCAGCAGCGCCUGGAGGUCUGAAUAUAGAGGCGCGGUGGUCAGAAGCGACAGGGCGGGAUGUCAACAACUCGGCCUCUGCUCGGAAUGAGACGAAUCACCGAGCUCGCGUGCCCGGAGCAGCCGGGCAACAGGCUCCCUGCGUCGGCCGGGAGGCAGCAAGCGGAGGCCCCCACAGUGGACGAGUUUACGGUCCUGGAGGACAAAGAAGAGGAGUUGAAGUGUGCCAGGCCCCGAGUGGAGCAAGUUUUUAAAGUGACGUUUACAAUUAUUGGUCUGUUAGACCACACAGGACAGCCGCACGGCAGCAAAACAUCCCGGCAGAUAUGGCUGCAGCUCCGGGGCAACAGAGACGACGUGUCCAAGGCGAAGGAGUAUGUUCGAGGGCUCUGCGACCCGGAGCUGCAGAAAGAGGAGCACUAUCCCACGGACAUGCACUGCAUCUUCGCCGGGGCCCGGGGCCUCUUCCUGGACAGGCUCAUACGGGACACCAGCGCCGAGGUUCUGGUGCCGGAACCGGGCCGUCUGUGGCUGGUGGGCCGAGCUGAGCCUGUUGUGAUGGCGCAAAGCAGAGUUCAGCAGUUUGUUGCUCUCUUCCAAGAGAAGAAGAGUCUGCCAAGUGACAGAGAAUCGGCGGUGAAGCGAGCGUUCAAGUCUUUCGUGGAGGAAAGAGAUGAUAAAUACACCAUGGAGCUCCUAUUGCUGCCCAGUGCUCUGAAGGAGGAGUUAUUGGGACUGGUUCACAGCCCCACCAGCACAAACACAUCGGCACUGGUCAACCAGGCGCUGCUUCCCAGCAUGGCGGAGGUUGACCAGGACCGCUCACAGAGCAGCACUCCAGUGACAGAGCUCUCCAACCGCAUCCUGGACACCAGCUUUGAGGAGAAAGGCGUUUCGGCGGCGGCGUCUGUCUGUGCAGGCGGGAAGGCGGGUUUGGGUCCAGAAGCGGUCCUGCUCAACGGCACCCGACCCUCACACAAGCGGCGCUCAUCCGAGAGCGAGACUCGGGAUACAAAGAGACAAUACUCCCUGGAACGGAAGGAGGAGUCGCCAGAGAGAACGGCGAGGGAGCGACCUCGGGACAGGGAGGUCCGGGGUGCCGGCAGCAGCUGCAGGUCCAAAACCCCGUCUGCAUCCUGUACGCUCUCCUCCUCCUCCUCCUGCUACUCAGGGAAAGCGAACACGGUGGCCGGUCCAAUCACACAGGAGUCCGGCGAGGCCGUACCAGACGACGGUGAGGCUGUCAGCCCAGAAACCAACCUCCGCUGCCUGGUGAACUUUUUCAGAACCAUGGGCUACCAGCAGGAAGUGGUGGAGCGCGUCGUCAAGGCGACGGGGCAGACGGAGGACACCUUUCUAAUCCUGGAGAAAAUAGUUGAAGAAACCAAACGUUGUGAGCAGGACUGCAAAGUAGGGGACAGAGAGAGACGAAUGAACUCCGUGCGUCCCGCCGACACCCUCUGCUCCUCUUCCUCCUCCUCUUCCUCCUCCUCGUCUUCGUCGGCCUCGUCAAUGACGUCCCGUUUCAGGGAAAAGGAGCUGGGAGACUCUGGGAGGUCGAAGGAGAACAUAAAGCCGAGCCAGCGAGGAGGAAGCAGCAACGGGUUGGGACACCGGCGGAAGUGCAGCGGCAGUGAGACGAGCACUCAGCAGGCCAUCACAAUCAAGAGAAGCUCCAGUGCUCAGGGCGGAGCAGGGAACUACGAAGUGAUUACGAUCGACGAUGACGACAACAUCAUCCCCACCAGCGCCAAAACGGCAGACGGUCGAAUGUCCCGGAUAAUGACGAUGCCGCACCCUGACCCCACGCAGUCCGGGUCCCGAACAGACUACCUGGCGCGAGGAGGGGGCGGGGUCACGCAGCGGGACUACCUGUCUCGAUGUGGGACUCAAACUUUGGGCGGACCAGUGAAGGUGGAGAGCGUUACGGCGCUGCGCAGCACGGCGCAGUGGCUGAGUAACGCCUCUCUGGCUUCAACUCCCAGCUCGGCUCAGCCCAUCAACCGGACCGCAGCCUCUGCCUACCAGACCAUCAGCCACGUGAACUUCCAGGGUGGCGUGGCCCGGACCCCGCCUGCCAACGAUCCGCCAGCCCCGCCGGUCACCGGCCUGGCCCGGUUCCACCAGUCGCUGCGGACCCAGUUCACCUUGAACCUGCCGAACGAGCGGGGGAACCCGGACCUCAGGCACAUCAUCAUAGACGGCAGCAACGUGGCGAUGGCUCAUGGCCUUCACCGGUUCUUUUCGUGCCGCGGCAUUGCUCUGGCCGUGGAAAUGUUCUGGCGGAGAGGCCACAGGGAGAUCACAGUGUUCGUUCCACAGUGGCGUCAGAAGAGAGACCGACUCGCUACAGAGCAACACUUUCUGAACCAGCUGGAAGACCUGCGGCUGCUGUCCUUCACCCCCUCCAGAGAAGUCUGCGGCCAGAGAAUAUCUUCACAUGACGACAGGUUCCUGCUCCACCUAGCAGAGAAGACAGACGGGAUAAUCGUCACCAACGACAACCUGCGGGACUUUGUUGACACCUCGGACACAUGGCGUCGGAUCAUUCAAGAGAGGCUUCUUCAGUUUACCUUCGUUGAGGAUCACUUCAUGAUUCCUGACGACCCACUUGGAAAAGACGGACCCCACCUGGACGACUUCCUGCGGAAAGACAACAGGACAGUUUCCCCGCCGCUGUUCCACCCUCCGGAUUUCCGGGCCUCGUCCCAGCAGCAGCAGCAGCCCGUUAACGUCCAGACUCUGCGUAACCCCGCCUCCCUGACGGCCCACCCCACCGCACACUGGCCGCACUCCGGGCCGCCCGAGUGGCAUCCUCCGCGCCGCUCGCCCUCGCCGUCGCCCGCUCCGCCGCCGCAGCGGUCGCCGGGGGAGACAUCAGAGCUGAAGAGGAAGCUGUACGAUAUCUUUCCUGACCAGAAGCAGCGGAUCGACCGGAUCCUCAGCGACAACCCGUACAUGAGGGACCUGAACGCGCUGUCGGGUCUGCUGCUGGGGUGAACCGCCGCCCGACCACCAUCUUCUUCUUCUCCUCGUCGGAGGGCACAGAAACUGUUUAUUAAACUAGCUGCUAUCUGCAAUGAAUAUUUUCUGGGAUUUUUUUUUUCCAUCAUUUUUUUAUCUUUUGCUUUCUGGUCCAUCGAGGUGAGCAGCACCACUGUCUGCAGAACAUAACCAAAACGAUUUCUGUAUUUCAGCAAGAAAAAUUCUGUGUUUGUCUGGGAAUAAAAUCUCUGCUAGCGAUCGACAAGACUUUCAACUUUCACUCUGAAGGUUGGGAGAGUUUAACAAGACACACAGAAUCUCAUGUUGAAGAGGGUUAACUUUGUUUAUAAGUGUUUACCGUUGGAAAUCGUACUUUCAGUCAACUGGUCGCCCUCCUCGCUUUCCCUCCAUUUUGCUGCUGAAGCAUAGAAACGCGUCGACUUUACGUACCAACUUGUUCCUGAAAUGAUCAAACCUGACCACUAGAUGGCGAUGGCAUUGUCCAACAACAUACAUAAAGAUGGAAAGUAAUUUUUUUCAGGAUGAAUAAUUGUUUUUACCACCACACUGGUUCUAGAGGUAAACCAGAAUCAACCGGCUUUAGUUUAAUCCUCCAUUUUGAAUUUUUGGGGAGAUCAGCAUGGCCAUUUAUCACCAAUCUGAUUUCUAAUUUCUGCUUUAAGCAUCAGGCUACAUUUAUAAACACUAUUUACGACAUUUUCAAGCAGCCCUCCAGUCAGGAGUUACACACACAGUUCCAAGCUGCAUUUAUAAAUGCCAGCUUUCGAUUUGAAAGUCUACAAAUUUAUGUUUAAAUCUGGAUUUAUGAACAGUUUGGUUGAUAUUAAUCAAACUCAGCUUUUAUAGCACCUUAUAUAAAUAAAUAUCCUGAAAUGCUGCUUAAAUUGUUAGUUUGCUUUGGUUCAGCACCAAGUUGGUUGAGAAGGAAAUAACUUGUUUAUUUUUACCUUUUUUCAUCCAGUAAAACAUUUUUUUCCAGCUGGUUGAUGAGCUCUGAGACCGUUUUGCAGAAAACGUACAUGGAUUAUUUAAAAAAUCAGUUCAGUGAAUAAAAGGUGGUAACAAUGUAUUAAAGUUUGUUUAGGAAAAUAUAGAAGCAGGUCAGCAUAAAGCUGUUUUCAGAGGCAUGUGGUGCAGGUUGUAGUGACAUCUAGUGGCACAAGCUGCAAACUGCAGCAGUAGCAACAUGGUUGAGUGGGGAGGGCAACCUGUUAUUUUGUGAGAAACAUCCAUAUUUUCCUUCAAAAUGUGUAGGAAUGUGUAACAACUUGACCCAGGUUUGUAAACAGUUGACUGAGGAUCCUGAGCUUAAAAAUUCCCACAACAAACCAGAAUUUACUGCUUUGAUGAUCUCUUUAAAAAAAAAAAAAAUACAAAGAAAACCCAUCAGAGUUGGAUGAGCGUUCAGUUCUGAGGUAUUCGGUGAGUUAUGAACCUUGGUUUGGAAGCGAUGGAAACAAACACUACAAUAUUUAUCUUCUGAUUACACCUCGAUCCUGAGGUUUUCUUAUUGUUUUCAGUUCUGAGUUACAUUUGGAACUAAAGUGAAAUGCACUGAAGAGAAAAGCUGAGCGAGCAGAUAAACGUUUCAUGUUUAUCUCCUUAAAACUCAGAAGGUGGCUGCAAUUUUCAGAUCUAACAACCCUCUAGUUUUUGCUAAAUUCAAAACUUUCAUGUGUUUAAAGGAUGUUAUGUUGUAAGGGUUACUGAAGGAUUCCCCCCCUUGUAUUAUAAUUCUUCUGUGUAUAUUGAUUUUUUUGUCUUGUAAAUAUUCACAUUUUUGCUUACAGUGCACAUAUGGUUUAAUGUAUGUUCAAAAUCCAGAAUAAAUGCAGCCUUCCCCAUCAAACAUCA